AUGAUGGUGCUGUGGAUCCUGGGCCUUCCGGCCACGUGGCGUGCCGGGUGGGCUUGGCAUGACCGUCUCGUGGCUGCGUGGUACGAGCGCUCGAUCCAGACGUUGGGCCACUUCCCUACGCCGCUGAAUCUGAUUACCAAGUACAAAGGGCACUCGGUGGCACAGCUCUGCCAUACCUUGCCGGGCGCGCUCUGGGCGGCCCUCAUACCCUUCCAACUACACCCUGUGGCGCGGCGGCGCUUUCGGCGGGCGCAUCGCCUCGGGGGCUACGUGUUCACGGGGUCGGCGUACCUGAUGAUGGUAGGGUUCGCAUACAUUGACGCGAAGGGUCUGGUCUACCUACACUCGGAUUUCCCGCAGAUCCACCCUGACCACAAUACGACACGCUUUCCAGUGCACGUACCGCACGAGCCCGUUUUCCGGAUGGUGGCUUGGUGGUUUGUGGUCACGAUCUCCCUCGCGGUCUGGCACGCGGUGCAUCGGCGAGUCAAAGAGCACAGGAGGUGGAUGCUGCGCCACGUUGCGUCUGGCAUCUGGGUCGCCGUGCAGAGGCUCGUUGUGAUACUCGUCAGCUCCGCGACUCCUGCAGACCAGAAGAAGACUUUCGGCGACGGCGCACUGAUCGGUGUAGCGCUGGCCUGUUCUGCGGCGGAGAUCGCGGUUUGGUGCUAUGAGCGCCCCGCUGGAGGUGUCAGGGGUAAGAAAGUCGUGUGA